AUGGAGAUUAAGAGUUUACUUCUCCUGUCACCUCUCUUGUUCUGCAUUACCUCCAUCUUGCUUUACAUGGCAAAACGAUCAAUCAACAAGCAGAAGAGGCUUCCUCCGGGCCCCAAAGGCCUCCCAAUUAUUGGGAAUCUCCUCAAAUUAGGUGACAGACCCCACGAGUCCUUAACCAAGUUAGCCAAGAUUCACGGUCCACUCAUGACAAUCAAACUUGGCUGUGUCACAACUGUAGUUGCAUCUUCGACUGAGAUGGCUAGAGAAAUUCUCCAAAAGAACGAUCAAGCUUUCUGGAUGAGGCCAAUCGUGGAUGCAGCAACUGCAGAAACUGAUUACCAACGUUCCAUAAUUUGGAUUUCUCAAGGUGCACAAUGGCAAAAGCUUCGGAAGCUUUUGAACAGUCGAGUUUUUACCUCACAAAGAUUGGAUGCAUUGCAAGAAUUACGGGGCCAAAUGAUGGAAAACAUGCUUAAACGUGUCUUCGAAGCUCGAGAAGCUGGAGAAGCUAUUUAUAUUGGGAGAUUAGUGUUCAGUACAACUUUGAGCUUAUUGUCCAACAUGAUAUUUUCAGCUGACAUACUUGAUCCAUAUUCAAAAGAAGUUAAAGAACUAAAAGAUUUGAUUCUGAGGAUUUUGGAGCUUGUUGGCAAGCCAAAUCUCGCUGAUUUUUUUCCUAUUCUGAAGCCAUUUGAUCCUCAGGGAAUUAUAAGAGAUAUUAAGCCUGCUUAUGAUGGUUUGCACUCGCUAAUUGAGAACAAUAUUGAUCGCCGGAUGAAACAAAGGGCUUCUGGCAUAGAAAGAUCAGGAGAUUUCUUGGACGCUCUUCUUGAUCAUAGUGAACAAUAUGGCCCGGAUGAACUGGAUCUCCCCGAAGUUAGACUACUGCUCAUGGAUUUGUUUAUAGGAGGUACAGAUGCCACUACUGCCACAAUCGAAUGGGCAAUGGCAGAGCUUCUUCAUAACCCAGAGAAAAUGGCAAAAGUAAAGCAAGAACUUGUAGAAAAUGUUGGCUCGGGGUUUAGUGUCAAGGAGGCAGACAUCAUGCAACUUCCUUAUCUAGAUGCAGUCCUAAAAGAAACAAUGAGACUCCAUCCCACAACACCACUUCUCAUCCAUUCUGCCGAGACAGACGUGCAACUUUGUGGUUUCAUCAUUCCAAAACAUACUCAGGUAAUGGUGAACGCAUGGUCGAUCACGAGGGAUGCAGCUUACUGGAAAGAUCCCACCAUAUUUCUACCAGAAAGGUUUCUGAAUUCAGACAUUGAUUUCAGGGGAAGGGAUUUAUCCCUCAUCCCUUUUGGCUCUGGAAGGCGAAUUUGCCCUGGAUUGCCGCUGGCAGUGAGAAUGGUGAAAUUGUUGUUGGCUACUCUUGUACAUAAUUCUGAUUGGAAACUGCCUAAUGGUAUGGAACCAAAAGAUAUGGACAUGAAAGAUAAGUUUGGGCUUUCACUUGAGAAAGCUGAACCUCUUGCUGCUAUUCCAGUGAGAGUUUCAAAUUGUUGA